AUGGGCGCUGAGCGAUCCAGCCAUGUGGUGUACAAAAACCUUACAAAUGGACGGUUAUUUUGCCAGUCGUGCUCGAUGGCAGUGGGGGAGCCAGAAGAUGUUAGGGAUUUGAAGAAUGCCCCCACCAAUUAUCACAUACAUUCGAAUGGAAACUAUAAAAGGCAUCCGGAGGAGAAUUACGACUCGAGCGCAUCCUCGGCCUCCGUAUCCCAGCUCGACCAAAACGGCACUGUAAGGAGACGUGCACCUUUAACUUAUUUGGACGAGCCGCCUGCUAGAGGUCUCACUGGCAUCACCAAUAUAGGAAACUCUUGUUAUUUUAAUUCAGCAAUUCAAGUGUUGUCAAAUAGUCGCCCACUAUCUGCGUUUUUACGGUCCCAGGCCAACUUUUGGAUAUUUGCUGACAAACGCUUAUGCUGGCAACUUUCCAGUCACUUCCAGCAGUUGUGGAGUCGACACCCUAAUCCCUACAUUGAUGUUUCGAUGUUGCUAUCGACCUUCAAAUCCGAUAACCGGUUCUUCAACAAUUUACGACAACACGAUGCCCAUGAACUUUUUCGGUGCCUACUAACGCAACUUGAUGAAGAACUAUCGGAGCCUAUGUUUGAUUAUGAGGAGAAUUUGAGAGCCAAGAAACCGAAGACCUCGCCGCAAAAUGACACCUCGAUAUUGGGUUCAACCGUCGGAAGUCGCAGCGUCAUAAAGGAUAUUUUUGAAGGAAGAAUUGAAUCGACGGAACUAUCCCUCUCCAUGACAAUGAACGACAUUAACGAACCGAAACUGGAGAAAACUGAAAAAGAAGACCCGGGCGUGACUACAGAAGUUUCCAAAUUCACCCGGAUGGUCAACUCCUUCACAGACACCUUCUUUUCAACAUCAAUAGAUUUAAUUGGCUGUCUCGAGGAAUACUUUAAGCCUGCAUUAUUAUUUGGGGAUAAUGCCUACAGAUGUGAGAAAUGUAAAAGCCCCCAAAAAGGUACGAAAUACUGCCAAAUAUCUUCCUUGCCGGAAGUUUUAUGCAUCCAUUUGAAGCGGUUUAAGAUGGAUGCAGCUGGUUUCAAACAGAAAGUUUCCACCCACACAUUGUUCCCAGUGUACGGCUUGAACCUGGCCCCAUAUGCGCUACCAGAAUGCACAAAAAACGGAGCGAAAUAUGAGCUAUCUGGCAUGGUAAUCCAUUCGGGCAAUCAAGCCGAAUCUGGACAUUACACGGCUUGUUGUCGGAAUUUGGAUGAUGGAAAUUGGUACACCUUCGACGAUAAAGAUGUAAUGAAAAUUGACCCGAUCGAUCUGUUGAGCCGUGAAGCGUAUUUCCUGCUUUACCAGCGUAUACCUAAUGAAAAACAACGGCUGGGCGGAGAAUUUUCUUUACUAACAAAAAUGGAAAAGAAUUGGAACCAGUCAGAGGAAAACUUCACCCAUUAUAUCUGUCGAGAAUACUUGGAACGAAUUCGCAGCUUCUCCAACCCAGGGCCCAUACCUAACACGAGUUUUCUAUGCGCACAUGGCAAGAUUUCACCCCGGAAGAGCAACAAUAUCGAGGCGAUUGUCACGAAGAUUCCUGGCUCGGCAUGGCGUCUACUUCAAGCAGAGUUUGGUGGCGGCCCAGAGCUGGAGUCAUUAGAUUUUUGCGAGCCUUGCGAAAAGGAGCUGAAGGCUCUAUGCAAAUCCAAGGAAAUGGAGCUACGUCAAUUUGCAUUCGAGGAACUGGACUUCUUCGAACAAUGGCGAGCUGACGGUCGAAAUCCGACGCAAUUGUGUGUCGUGCCGAGGGUAUGGCACGAGAAAUGGAUGUCCUACGUGACGCGGCUUGAUGAAGUCUCGCCAGGCCCUAUCAAUAAUAAGGAGUUGUAUGACGAAAAUCAGGACCCGUUGCCAUGUUGCCCUCCGCGAGGGAAAACGGUGUCACAAAAGAGUUUUGAGAUGUUUGUAGAACUAUACGGUGGCGGUCCUACGGUUCGAUGCAUGGCUGACUGGGAUACCGGAUAUGCUAUGUAUAUGGAACGCCUCUAUGAACAUGCCAUGUCGAUGGAUUUAAAGAAAACGGAGCUCUACGUACCCAGCCCAAACGGGGACAGCUACCUUUAU